AUGGCUGCAGACACUGAAGAUUUUGAAAUGAUUUCCCAUAUUCCAUUCCUUACUAAAUAUAAGCAUGAUACAACCAAGGAUUGUAUUAUGUUGAAGAUUAUUCGUGUUCUUCCCCCUGCUGUUCCUAGCCGUCAAGUGAAAGUAAACUCCUCAACAUGGGAGGCAUCGGGUGAGACAUUAAACAACAUUGACCAUGAAGCAAUGGUUGUUGACCCUGCACUUGUAUUAACCAUCCAGGUUAUGUUGACUGACUUCGGGGUAGCAAAGCAAUUUGAUGAAAGCACAAUGUUAAAUUCCAUGUGUGGGACAUUAGAAUAUAUGACACCUGAAAUUAUACAAGGGAGGGGCCAUGAUAAGGCCGCUAAUUGGUGGAGUGUUGGAAUUUUAAUGUAUGAAAUGCUUUCUGGAAAGCCUUCGUUGAGAGGUGGAAACAGACAGAAGAUUCAGGAGAAAAUAGUGAAGGACAAGAUAAAGCCUCCAGGAUUCUUGUCAAGUGAAGCACAUUCGCUUUUGAAAGGGGUAAUGUUGUAA